AUGGAUCGAGUUCAAAAUUUCUACCGCCAUGGCCCCGGCCCAGGCGGCCCAGGCGUGGGCGCCAGCGGGGAUGCCGAACGAUGCGAGGCGUGGCACAUCACUCCCAUUGCCCUGCCCGUGGAGCUACACGCCAAGAGUAUCACCAACACUCAUCAGGACCCAGAGUGUGAUAUUAACGUUACACCUUUAAACCGAGUUAGGAGAAGCAUUCGCCGAGCUGCCUCAUCUUUUCGUUUUCGUUGGUCUACCCGUCGAGUGAGGGAACAGAGACGAUCGCCAGAUUGGUUUUUGACUCAAUUCAACAGAAAGUCAGACGAAAACGAGGAGAGAACUUCCAAGUGCUUUUGGAGCUCAACCUUUGUCGUUGAUCCGACAACUCCGUUUCACUAUAAGUGGCUUGGAGUUGUGACUUGCGCCAUUUUGUACAAUUUAGUUUUCGUUAUCGGUCGUGGAGUUUUCUGGGAGCUUAAUAACGCCAUGCCUUUUCUUUGGUGGAUUUUAGACUACUCCUGUGACCUCAUUUAUGUUUUAGACACCGUGGUCCACGCUCAUGAAGGGUACUUGGACCAAGGGCUAAUGGUACGCGACUCCCGGAAGCUGCGGAACAACUACUUUCGCUCGAAGCGAUGGCGGACGGACCUGCUGAGCCUGGUGCCGACCGACGUGGCUUACUUCUGGUGGCCUUCCGGAAGCUGUAGUUCUAAUGUAGUUCCGUGUCCUGUGAUAGUGCGAUCCAAUCGGUUGCUCCGCCUUCCGCGCAUGUUAGAGUUCUUCGACCGAACCGAAACGAGGACAGGUUACCCAAACGUGUUCAGAAUUUGUAAAGUCGUUUUCGCCAUUCUAGUCCUAAUUCAUUGGAAUUCUUGUUUUUAUUUUGCAAUCAGUUAUGUGAUAGGGUUCGGUACUGAUAACUGGGUCUACAAUCUAAGCGGCGCCAAAAACGCCACGCUCUCCAGGCAGUACAUCUACAGUUUUUAUUGGUCUACGCUUACUUUAACCACCAUAGGGGAGACGCCGCAGCCGGAGAACGACGCCGAGUAUCUGUUCGUGGUGGCGGAUUUCCUGGCCGGGGUGCUCAUCUUCGCCACGAUCGUCGGGAACAUCGGGUCGAUGAUCAGCAACAUGAACGUGGCCAGGGUCGAGUUCCAGAACCGCAUGGACGGCGUCAAGCAGUACAUGGCUUUCCGACGGGUGUCCAAGGAGCUUGAGGCCAGGGUCAUACGCUGGUUCGCAUACACCUGGGCCAACAAGCAGGCUUUGGACGAGGACAGAGUGCUGGCUGCUUUGCCGGAUAAGCUCAAAGCCGAGAUCGCAAUCCACGUCCACCUGGAGACGCUGCGCAAAGUUCAGAUCUUUCAAGACUGUGAACCAGGGUUACUCGAGGAACUCGUGCUCAAACUUAGAUUACAGGUGUUCAGCCCGGGGGACUACAUCUGCCGGAAGGGAGACGUGGGGAAGGAGAUGUACAUCGUGAAGCGGGGGCGGCUGAGCGUGGUGGCCGACGACGAGAAGACGGUGCUGGCCACCCUCUCGGCCGGCAGCGUCUUCGGCGAGGUGAGCGUCCUCGACAUCGCCGGGAAUCGAACCGGGAACCGCCGCACGGCCAACGUCCGGAGCCUCGGCUACUCGGACCUCUUCUGCCUGGCCAAGAAGGACCUCUGGGAGACCCUCUCCGACUACCCGGAGGCCCGCGCUAGUCUCAUGGAGCGCGGCUGCCAGCUCCUCCGCAAGGAUGGACUCCUCGACGAACAGGCAUUCAACAAGUCCCAGGUCGAGCAGGAGACCCUCAAGGACAAGGUGGAACGAUUAGAUCGGACUUUGGAUAAUCUCCAGAUGCGAUUUGCGAGGCUCAUGGCUGAGUAUGUGAGUCAUCAGGCCAAAAUGAAACAACGGCUCUCCAGGGUAGAAAAUAGAGAUGAGUUCAACGUGCGGCGGGAGCUGUCGCCAGGAUUCCUGUCGGACGGUGUUCCGGAGGAGGCGGGUCAGAGCUCGCCGAUCGCCGGACGACGGUCCUUCCACGGAGUGCCUCGGGGCGCCUGGACGCGGCGCAAACGCAAAACCACAGCCGCAACCACCUCGAGCUUCUGACAAAA